AUGGAAACAAAUAAGACCCUUAAACAGCCUCCUCAACAUAAGUCGAGCUCCCGACAAACAGCCGCUCUCACUCUCGACAAAGCAGUCGAGCACGAGCUCAAAAACGGCCGCAUAUUGGACCCUCACAUUGACCAGAAGAAGCUCAGAAGGACCAUAUCCAACAGGCUUUCUGCUCAGAGGUCCAGAUUGAGAAAAAAUCAGUACAUUAAUGACAUGGAAAAAAUGGUUCUUGAUUUAGAGAAAUUGAUAUCGAUUCUUACCCCUCGAGUCAAAAGCUACGAGGAGAAGAGGACACUACUGCUCGUUCAGAACAACUCGCUCCAAAACGUGUUAGAGCUACACCUGAACGAGUCUAAGCGUUCGGAAAUCGAGGUUCAAUUGAAGCAAGCAGAAGUAUUCAGGCUUAGAGAAAUCGAGAAAAUCGAGCAACAAGUAAAUGGGUCGAGACAGUCGUCCCAGCUUGGUUACUGUCUCCAGGCACUACAUAAGUUUGAGGUGAAUAACGAUCGGUUUUGCGAAUGGAAGUCGAUGGUUAUAGGCUCGACUCUUGGCCAGUCGAGGCUCAAAGUCGAGCCGAGCUCCGGAUUUAAAGAUCGCGACGAGGUGUCGAUGCUGGCAAGGAAUCAAGAUGAAGGAGUGGAGAUUGAUCAGUAUUUCAACUUUGAAGAUCUGAAUAUUUGUGAAGCCAAUGGUUCAGAUUAA